AAGGUCAAAAUACAAGAUAAAACUGGAAAUCAUGAGUUUGAUCAGUCAAAAUAUGAUUAAGAAAUUCAAAAUCAUGAGUUUGAAGGGUCACAAUAUGAGUUUUAUCCAUCAAAAUAUGAGAUAAAAUUCAAAAUGAUACAUUUUAAACUUCAAAAUAUGAGCUAAAAAGUCAAAAUCAUGAGUUUUUAAGGUCAAAAUAUAAGAUAAAAUUGGAAAUCGUGAGUUUUAAAUGUAAACAUUUGAGAAUAAAUUUAAAAUCACAAGUUUAAAAGAUGAAAAUAUGAUUUAAAAUGUAAAAUUUGUGAAUCUAGAAUGUCAAAAUAUGACUUACAAAGUACUUUAUAUAGGCUACCUCAUACUUGUGGGCCAGUUAUAAUAAAAAUAUUAAUGGUCUUGCAGGCCGGGUAUAACUAUACCAGGGGCCAGAUUUGGCCCCCGGGCCUUAAGUUUGACACCCCUGCCCUAGACCUGUUGUCCUGGAGCCCCCUUCUUAUCUAAUAAAAGCUUAGCCCCGCCCAUUUCCUACUUAAAAGCGAAAAUGAUAUGGUGACGUCAGUGGAGCCUUUGAAUUCUGGGGUUUCUAGCAUGUAUGUCAUUCACUUUAGUUGUCAAUAAAGUUUAUUUUUCCAGUCUAGCUGUUUCCCAGAGUUUCAGUCUCCUGCUAUAAAGGCUUUUGGCUGAAAGGGGAAGAUCCUCAUCCUGGUCUCUGAGGUUCCUAACAGGCUCAUGGAGUCCCUGACCUCCUCCUUAAUGAAGCUCUCUGUGGGAGAAAACUCCAACAUCCAUCUGAUCAAUGAGGGGGGGUCAGGAGCCUUUGGGGGGGCAGAGCUCCGGGUCGUGACGGGAGGUGAUGACGCCGGAAAGCACGACUCCUGCAGCGGGGGGAGGGAGGAGGUGGGACGGUCCCUGGACGCUGCAGGUCCCUGGGGUGCCGCUUCCUGGGACCCUCUGGUCUGUCUCCUCUAAUGAGACAGUGAUCGUUAACGCGGUCUCCAUGGAAACGACGCGUCCGUCACGACACCAUAGGCAGAGAGAAAGGCACGCGGGCAGGUAUAAAAGAGGAGACAGCGACGGUAAACGGCACACCGUCACCGAGGAUCAUGCUGCACGAGGCUGCUCAUCAACUCCACACCUUCCCCAGGGACCCAGAGCCAGACCUCAUCAUGAACCAAAGAUCUUCUACGUUUGAGACGAAGCUCUCUGAAGGUCCUCAUCCCCGCCUCAUCCGCCGGGUCUCCACCAACAGUCGUGAACGUUGUCGCCAGCAGAACGUAAACGGAGCGUUCGCCGAGCUGCGCCGCCUCAUCCCCACCCACCCCCCCGACAGGAAACUGAGCAAGAACGAGAUCCUGCGCCUCGCCCUCAGAUACAUCAACUUCCUGGAUGGGGUGCGGAUGGAGCAGGAGCGACUAGGGGCCCCCAGGGGCCGAGCGGGGAGCGUGGAGGAGGAGGACGAGCUGCAGGAGAUGCUGUCGCCAAGCUCCAGUGGUGAGACCUCUGAUGGAGACUCUGAUGGGCCGAUGGAUGCCGGGGCGUCUCCGGGAUUUCUGGACCCUUCAGAUUGCCCUGAAAUGUUGACAACAUUGCCAAUGUUUUUGUGCAAUUUUGAUGGUGUGCAGGAGGCAGGAGCAGGACUGUCAGGCUGGUCUAGAGAUCCAGAGGAUGAUCACAUGAUGCUGUUUAGCCCAUGAAUGUAAACCAAAGUAAAAUCGGUCCUUUAAAAACACACAUUGAUGUUUGGGACCUCAGAGGUUAUGUGAUAUUCACAUUCAUAGAGGUAGUCAUAAAUGAGCUCUGACUUUGUAUAGCUGUUGCUGUUAUUCCUUAUUUUACACACCUUACCUGUAAAUAUAGUAGAUUAUAGAGACUGUGUCUGUUCCAGACCCUUCAUUACUAUACAUGCAAAUAUAAAUAUAAAGCUGUAGAUUGCUAAAGAAUCUAAUCAGAAUUGAAACUACAAAUACUACCCUCUUUAAAUGUUUUUAAGCUGUUUAUAUUGAAAUUUCUUCAGUGUGAAGUCAGGCUUAGAGGAAGAAAAAACUGAUGUAUUUAGUCUUUUAUAAUGACAUAAAUGUGAAUUUUAAUUUGUUUUCAUUGUUGUAAAGGGGAAAACUGUAAUGAUGUCUCCGCCCUUCUACAAGAGAGAAGAAAAUGUGUUUUAAUUUCUACCAUAGAAGAAGUGUUGUUGUAUAUUCUGCAGUCUGAGCAGAAAAAUCAGUAGCCAGAUUCAGUUUCUUUACAUUUAAAGGAACUUUUGGUGCUUUUAAUAAUUGAAAUUUGUCCUGUUUGUAGAAAAUGUUUGUUUCUGUCUCUUCAUAUCAGUCUGUUAAUAAAAAGU